GAAGGGUUUCUCUUCGGGGAAGUGAAAGGCGAAGCCAAAAAUAGCAUUACGGACUCCCAGAUGGACGAUGUGGAAGUUGUUUAUACAAUUGACAUUCAGAAAUACAUUCCGUGCUACCGGCUUUUCAGCUUUUACAACUCUUCAGGUGAAGUCAACGAGCAUGCGUUGAAGAAAAUACUUUCCAGGGUAGAAAAGAAUGUGGUAGGUUGGUACAAGUUCCGUCGUCACACGGAUCAGAUCAUGACAUUUAGAGAGAGGCUGCUUCACAGAAACUUACAGAAGCACCUUUCAAGUCAGGAACUUGUGUUUCUCCUGUUAACACCAAGCAUAGUGACGGAAAGCUGUUCCACUCAUCGGCUGGAACAUGCCUUAUAUAAACCACAGAAGGGACUUUUUCACAGGAUCCCGUUAGUAGUGGCCAACCUGGGCAUGUCUGAGCAGCUGGGUUAUAAAACUACAUCGGGCUCCUGCACGUCUAUGGGCUUCAGCAGAGCAGUGAAAACACACAGCUCUGAAUUUUUUAAAGAAGAUGGAUCCUUAAAGGAGGUACAUAAGAUAAAUGAAAUGUAUGCUUCCCUGCAAGAAGAAUUAAGGGAUGUAUGUGAAAAAGUGGAAGGAAGUGAACGAGAAGUAGAGAAGCUAAUGAAGGAUAUAAACAGGUUAAAACAGGAAAUUAAGAAAAGGCAGCAAGCACAGACCCAAGCAGCACGAGAGCAGGAUGUCCAGAAGGACCCUCAGGAGAACAGUUUUCUUUGUCAAGCUUUACGGACCUUUUUUCCAGAUUGUGAAUUUCUCCACUCUUGUGUUAUCUCUCUGAAAACCAAACAGAUCUGUGAAAGCAGAUGUGAUGCCACGCACAGUCUGGACGUAGCGGACAAGCUGACCUUGAUGGUAGAGUACGCUCACUCCCUGGAAGCCAGUCCGGCUAGGACUGCACAGGGGCCUAAGCGCAGAGCUGCGGGCCCAGACGAUGAACAGCAGCUGAAGAAGCUGCGGCUGUCAGAGCCAGGAAACGAGCGAUCAGAGACAGGUACUGAGAGCAGUAACCAAGAAAAAGCCUCCCCAGCAAGCAGCCUAGACACAGACGACGAGAUGGAAAGAAUGCGGGGUGCCAGUGAAUAUCCAGAAUCUCCCACGUUUUAACCCUCGUAACUCAGAAUGAAAGUUUUGAUUUUGCCAAACAUCACGGUGUUCAGCCACUCACAGUGACCCACAGAAAGCCGGCUCGCUUUGACUGCACUCAGCUGUCUGCGGUGCUGCCUGGGUGAGGUGUUUCUUGUUACUGGGGUUGCCCACUUACAGUAAUACACAAAUAAGAUCCACGGCACUUAUUUCAUAACGGACUUUUAAAAAUACUGAUGCUUUUGUUAUUGUA